AUGUUCCCCCCACAUGCAAUGCGGUUUCUUAUCCUCGCCUUCGUUCUCUUCGCCGGCCUGGUUUCAGCCCAGGACUCGCCGUCGCCGUCGCCCUCACCAAGCUCAGCAUCGCCAACCGCAACCGGGCCCAGUCCUAGCCUUUCGCUUUCCUUGACGACCAGUACAGCGACCGUAAUAACGACUACUCGCUCAGCAGGACAGAAUGUACCCUUAACUUCCAUGUCUACGACCGUGCUGAACGUAACGUACACUAUCACUCCGACAGCUACCUCGUCUGCUGCUGCCGAAUCAUCGCCAACGCCAGAGCCGAUAGUACUGGAUACACGGGUCGACCCCGCCUUUGGGGUGCUGGGUGCAAUUCUGAUAAUUACGGGUCUGCCGAGUGCGUUCUGGGGUCACAAGAACCGAUGGACUUCUUUCUUUCUAAUUGGAUUCUACACGCUCUCCCUUACCUGCUUCGUCCUCAUCCUCAAGUUCGGUAUCCUCCCAGCAGUGAACCCGCCCAGCAAGAGCUUGCGGGGCUACUUCGUGCUGGCUUGUUCCGUUGCCGGCAUAGCAGGCGGUGGCGUAGCAAUAUUCUUCUGGAAGGCUUCAAAAUACUUUAUUGGCGCAUGGGGUGGGUUCGCCUUUGGGUUGUGGAUACAAUGUUUCCACAACGGUGGUGUAAUUGGUCAGAUUGGAUUCCGCUGGAUUAUGUACAUUGGAUGCGGCGUGGUCGGAUUUAUCCUCUGCACUAUUCCCAAGAUCCACUACCACAUUCUUCUGGUUUCAACCGCGUUCGUUGGGUCAUCUGCGUUUAUAUUAGGGGUCGACUGCUAUACUACUGCAGGACUUAAAGAGUUCUACAUAUGGAACCUGGGCUUUGGCUCGCUGUUUGUCAAGUUCACAAGCAAUGGCAUCCAGUUCCCGGUCACACAGACAAUGCAGAUCGAGCUCGGUCUCAUUGGCGCGGUAUCAUUGAUGGGGAUUGCAGUCCAGCUUCGUAUUCUUCGGGUUCUACAGCGCAAGUUGGAAGAAAUCGCAGAGGAAGAACGUAAACGCGAUGAAGAGCAGCAGGUUGAAGGGACUGAUCGAUUCAAGGACUUAAUGACCGAACGAGAAGAAUGGGAGCGAGAACACCCACCUCUUCCCAAGCAUUUUCGCAACGAGAGCGGAUUCUCCAGUACGCCGCUGAUGAAGGAUCAAGAAACGCCGGGGACUCCAGGCUCUGGCGAUCAUCGUGCUUCGUCUUUCACCCUCACUGAUAGUCGCCCGCGUGCUCAUUCUGGCGUGUCGGAGUUCUUCGCUGCGACGCCGGACGAAGACACUCGUCGAUAUCGCAGUCAAAGUCCUGGUGCCUUACCAGCUCUCGACUUGGGGUUCACUAUUCAAGAAGAUGUGCCUAGUAACUUUAUUGCCGACGCCGACGCUCGAACAAAAUCCCCCGCCUUGGAUUUGAAGACCACCGCUCAGGAGCUCGAGGAACUGAGGAAAAAACAAGCGCUCUUGGCUGAAAUCCAUGAGUUGCGAAGAUCAAUCGACGUUCUGAAGAGUGACACGCCUGUGCCGUCUUCGUCAUCCACGUCUCGCCACCCGUCCCUUUUGUCUAGACGUCAAAGCUUGGACGCUACGACACUUCUUCCUGGGCCUUCUCGAUUACGUCCUCCGCGCGAGACUGAUCCCCGCGGAAGAGUCCACUCGAUGGAAAUAUCCCAACUUACUCAAUCCUCCAUGCUCGGCGAGUCUAUUAGUCGGCCUACUAGUGCUCCUCUCAGAGACAACGAUUGGGACGCCUAUCUCCAUGACCGUAAGCUUGUGCAGCCGCCGACUGGCGUUUCUCCGCCGAUCGCAACGAGAAAUGUGGCUGCCGCGGCUUCUCAGCGACUCCCAGUUCCUCCGGCCGUUGUAGAAGCUCUUGACCAGCGCAAGCGUCGUGAAAGUGCACUCGGUGUAGGAACCAGUUACGAUCCUGACGAUACACCUCUUGCUAGGCUAGCCCCCGCCAGAACGAACUCCACCGGUGGACAUCUCCCUGUUUCCAUUCUUCCCCCUAAGAAGCACACUCCCGAAAUCCACGCGCCAACACCCCAACGACCGGACGCUCGUCGGACUCGAACCUUUGAAGAGCUUAACGAGCGUCAUAGGGAGAAGCUGCAUGAUCUCCAGGCUCCAUUGACUCAGGCGGAGAAGGAGCAUGCAGAAGUCGAGGCCGCCAAGCAAAGGUGGGAGAGAUCGAAAGCCUUUGAACGCGAUGCAGUUGCGAAGCGGCAAGCGGAAAAGGCGGCGGUAUUGGAGCAAAGGAGGAAGCAUUCUGGAGACGAGCUACGACGGCCUGUUGCUACUACUCUUGAGGCUCGACCCAGACAUUCGAGAUCAGCCAGCGGCGAUAAGCUCGCUGGUACGGGCUCGUCCGCCAAGCGGACUUCUACUAUGAAAGUAGAGGACUGGCAAAAGCACCAGGAUGCCGAAGUUGGAGUGCGCGGAGACAGAGGGGGCCAUACAGGCUCCAGAGUUGCUAGGGGCGAAGCAGGUGUACCGUUCCCUGGUGGCAGCAAGCAUCGGUGA